AACUCGAUAAGAGCAUGGCGUGGAAAUGCAAAGUGCGUAAUUACAAAAGCUUUUGUGGAAAUUUGGAAUGCAGAAUACUUGACUACUUGCUGUUGACUUUGCAAUAUAUAAUUGGAUUGGAUGCAUGUUUGUGGCGCAAGUAAUACAUGAUGUCCCUCGAAGAUGACGCCCACCGCAGAUCGCAGAUGGCAAAGUAACAACUGAAGUAUAAAAGGAGAGACAAGACAUUGUCAAGCGAACGAUAAGGUAUCUCGAAGUCGAGCUAUCAGCUAAUCGAUUGUUCUCGUUAUGCAGCUUAUUGUCGCUUUAUGUGGAAAGAGCGAGUAUCGUUUUUGCUUGGACUAACAACCAUUUGGAAAUGAACAGCAGCGCGCAGCCAAAAAUGUCGCAAUUCAAUUUCCCUUUUGGUCAGCUUGGGACAAUGGUGAAUGGAAAGGAAACUCAACGAUGUUUGCUCAAGGCGAGAAGCGAGAGGCGGCAACAGCUGUGGGAGAAUGGCUGCUGACAUAACUGGUCUCUAAUUACGCUUGAGUCAACAAACAAAAUUGCAGGUGUCAAAACAUGAGAUAAGAGCCGAGCCGAGCCAAAGCAAUAGCUAAAGCAUUUGGCCGUGGCUUUGGCAUUGGCUUGUGACUUGCUGCCGUAUUCAUUGGCUUCAUUUGUGGAUGCCACGCGGCAACGAACGGUGGCAUGGCACGCAAGCAGUUGUUGCAACUUCUGCUCGCCUUGAUGCUGCAGACACAGACGCUGUCGCAGAUACUGGACACUGGACUCCUAGAGCAGACAAUGAACGACAUUCCCCACGUGCAUGUGAUGCUGCGACGCCGGCAGCUGCACGAGGAUGCGGCCAAUGCGAAUGCCCGCUGGUUCAUGCAACGCACGGAGACGCCACACUGCACACACAGCUACGAUGAGGAGCAGUCGCUGCCAGGCGUGGACAGUCGCGAUAGCCUCGCUCUGGUCAUCGGUCUGCCGCAAUUAAUCUCAAACAGCGGUGCCGCAGCUUUGAUGCAACGAGCUGGCGUCUUUUUCUACAUCGUUGGCGACGCCCUCGGCGAGCUGAGCGAACAGCAGCUGCUGCAAGUGGAGCAGAGCUGCCGGCAAUUGUGGAUUCGUCGCAAGAUCUACAACCGCUACAUCAUUACCGAUACCGCCAUCUACAUCUAUGAUCCCUUUGCACGCCGCGAUGCGAACGGAGUGGAUGCCUGGGAGGCGUCUUUUGGUCGCCUCUUGCCCUUCAUGGGUGGCGAGCCAUUGCCUGAGCUGUUGUUCCACAACAUGCGCGGUUAUCCGCUGCGUGUGCAGAUCUUCAAGUCGGUCUAUGCACGGCCCGUCUUCGAUCCCGAGACGGGACUGCUCGCUGAGCUCACUGGCGUCGACUGGGAAGUGGCGCAGACACUGCGAGAUCUGCUUAACUUCACUAUGGAUCUGCAGGAGCCCGACAAGAACUACUUUGGUGAAAUAACUUCAGGAGGAAGAAGAAAGGCUUUAUUAAGAAUACUAUUCAAUCAGAUACUUUACAUAUCUUCAUAUAUUCACAGCGAACGCAGCGCGAAUGGCAGCUACAAUGGCGCCAUCGGAUCCAUUCAGAACGAUGGCCUGGAUAUUUGUCUCACGGGUUUCUUUGUCAAGGAUUAUCUGGUGCAGGAUGACAUGGACUUUACGGUGGCCGUCUACGAUGAUCAACUGUGCAUCUACGUGCCCAAAGCGAGUCCCAUACCACAGUCCAUACUGCCCAUCUUUGCGGUGGGCUACGACAUCUGGCUGGGCUUCAUACUGAUGGCCUUUGUGUGCGCCUUCAUCUGGCUGCUGUUGCGCGUGAUCAAUCUGCGGCUGCGCAUCGUGACGGUGGCCGGACGUCGAUUGUGGCAACAGGCGUUGGCCAUUGUCGUGGACACGUGGGUGGUGUGGGUGCGUGUGAAUCUAUCGCAUCUCCCCGAUAGCUAUGCAGAGCGCAUGUUCAUUGGUUCGCUGUGCCUGGUCAGCGUCAUCUUUGGGGCCAUCUUCGAGUCAAGCUUGGCCACCGUGUACAUUCAUCCGCUGCACUACAAAGACAUCAUGACGAUGCAGGAUUUAGACGACAGCGGACUGAAGGUUGAGUACAAGUACACAUCGAUGGCCGAUGAUUUGUUCUUCAGCGAGACUUCGCCAUUGUUUGCCAGUCUCAAUAAGAAACUAUGGUGGAAUCGCGAUCUCAAUUUCGAUGUCACUCUUGAGGUGGCCACCGUGGGCGGCAAGGCGGGCGUCUCACGCUACAACUCGCUGAUCAUGGAGUCGGCCAACUAUUUGCUAACGCAACGCAUUUGGAUUGUGCCCGAGUGUCCCAAGUACUACACCAUCUCGUAUGUGCUGCCCCGCGACGCCCCUUGGGAGGAGGCAGUCAAUACUCAACUGUUGCGACUGCUCAACGCUGGGCUAAUUCACAAAUGGAUUCUGGAUCAAAAGUAUCGGGUGACUAUGAGGAUGCGCACCAUCCUCAAUCAGGCUGAGGACAACGCCAGCCCAAUUCGGGUCCUAACCAUCGGGGAUCUUCAGCUCGCCUUCUAUGUGGUCAUUGUGGGCACUCUUCUUGCAUCGCUAGGAUUUAUCGGGGAGCACGUGUGGCUGCGACAUAGUUUGCGUGGCUCACGCAAGAAGCUAUAAAGAUUGAAGCUACUAAGAAUAUACUACAAUAUUUUGUAAUGAUUUUUUUGUUUUCUUUUUAAGUACUGUACUAUAAAUUAUGGUAUAUGCUGCUU